CUGCUCGGGGCGGGGCCACACAUGCGCAUAAAGAAGGCCCGCCUUUGACCCGGAAUUUUGGUGUUUGGGUGGCGCUUAAAGACACUUGCGUAGCCGGAAGUACCUGCGCGUACGCAGGGUCCAGCCUGGUUUCCGGAGGCCGCUGCGGCGGUUACUGUGUCGGAGACCGGUUAUGGAGGCCGUGGCAGCUGCGGCGGUGGCGGAGAGGAAGCCCGAUAAUGACUGUGUGGAGCCCAGAUGUGUGCACUGGGGGGAGAUGAGCCAGCCUCCCAUUCCAUCUGGACCUCAGGAGAAGGAGACAGCAGAGAGUACACCAGGCAUCCCCAACGGUGACAGCUCCCAGGCAGAGAGUCCAGCUGUGAGUGCCAUGUUGCAUGCCAUUGCUGCCAGCCACCUGCCUGUGUGCAGCCAGCAGCAGGGUGAGCCUGAUCUGACAGAGCCUGAGAAGGUGGCCAUCCUGGGCCAGCUGUACCACAAGAAACCACUGGUGUUCCUGGAGCGCUUCCGCACAGGCCUCCGGGAAGAGCACCUGGCCUGCUUCGGCCAUCUGCGUGGAGACCACCGUGCUGAUUUCUACUGUGCCGAGGUGGCCCGGCAGGGCACUGCCCGGCCUCGAACCCUGCGCACCCGCCUGCGUAACCGGCGUUAUGCUGCCCUGCGUGAGCUCAUCCAAGGAGGCGAGUACUUUAGCGACGAGCAGAUGCGGUUCCGGGCCCCAUUACUGUACGAGCAGUACAUAGGACAAUACCUCACCCAGGAAGAGCUCAGUGCCCGCACACCAGCCCCGCAGGCCCCCAGGUCUGGCUCCCCCGGCACGCCUGCCUAUCCACUCUCCGACCUACUGUUUCAGUCCUACCAGGAACGGGAGCUGCAGCAAAAGCUGCUCAGGCAGCAAGAGGAGGAGGAGGCCUGCUUUGAGGAGGAAGAGGACAGUGAUGAGGAAGACCAGAGGUCGGAUAAAGACUCGGAAGCCUGGGUGCCUGACUCAGAAGAGAGGCUGAUCCUUCGAGAGGAGUUCACCAGCCGCAUGCACCAGCGGUUCCUGGAUGGCAAGGAUGGGGGCUUUGACUACAGCACGGUGGAUGACAACCCUGACUUUGACAACCUGGACAUUGUGGCUCGUGAUGAGGAGGAUCGGUACUUCGAUGAAGAGGAGCCUGAGGAUGUGUCGAGUGCAGAGCUGGAUGGGGACUGAUGGCUUCCACCUUUCCAGCCACCGCUGCAGGCAGCUGAUUACAAGCUGGCCCAGUGACUCAGGCCAUCAAGACAAGCCCCCUAGACUUGGCCACCUCAGACAAUGCCCCCACUUCUGUUUAGGGGUUCCUACUUUUCUCUCUGGGAACAUCACUGCCCCUCUUGCUCUGGCCCCACCUGUCUUUUCUCUUUGAGAUAGGAUCUUGUUCUGUAGCACUAACUUGCCUGUUACUUGCUUUGUAGCCCAGGCUGGCCUAAAACUCAGUCCUGCUUCGGCUUCCCACAUGCUGUGUGUACAGGCGAGUCCCUGUGUCCUGACUACCCAUUCUAUUCUUACCCGCUUUCUCCCUUCAUGUCACUGCCCCACUCGGUUCCUAGAUCUCUAACUUCUGUGCAUCCACCUUCUGCGAAUUUCUGUGUCACGGGUGCUGUGCCCACACACCACAGCUGGGCCCUGACAGUUGUCUGGUGGCUGCAGCUGCCCCAUGGAUGCUGGUGUCAAGCUCCACCUGAUACCCAGCACAGCUUGAGUUUCUCCACCCCUCCCUGCCAGUGUCUUACACUGGGCACCUCUUGCUUCCCCCAAGCUCCCACCUUACCUCAUGCCUCCCCAUCCUUGUUCAUUUCCAUGUAUCUCCAGGCCUUGAUGUCUGCCCCUCUGUCUCAGCCUUUACUGUUCAGGUUCUCUGGGUCCCCUCCCCUAGGCCUGGCAGCCAAGGGCAGCAGAAGCCUUCCCUGUGGGUGGAGGUUAGGGGAACCCAGGGGUAGCACCAGCUUCUGCUGUUCCUUUUGGACACAGGCUCGGGAGUGCUGGCAGAGGCAGAGCUGAGUACCACAGGGCCAGCUUGAGUGUAGGAGGGACUCGAGGGGACUCUCCCCUACCAGCCCCCCUUCCCAGCCACAAUUUUCCUUUUCCUCACUUCCUCCACCUCCUUCUCCCUCUCCUGUUUACACUCCCCAAAUACUCAACAGGCUGUUAUCAUGGGUCUUGAGUCAUCACACACAGACACACAGCCUGCCCCAAGUGUCCCUGCCCCCAGCCAGCCACAGGGCCCGCCCCACAGAGCCCCCUGCUGCCCUGGGCUAAUGAAAGCCAGAUGGCUGCCUGUGACUCAGCCAUGGCCUGUGGGAACCCAGACAUCCUACCUUCCCAUGCCCCACACCCGGCCCCUGUGUCCCCAGCAGACAGAAGCAACCUGCACCUGUGGGGAUGGAGGCUAGCAUGUCUGGGCCUGAGGAUCCAAACUGCUGUGGCCAUACCUGAAGGACCCUCAAAACUGCUUUGUAAAGCCAAGGUCCUGACCCUGGCUCUUGGCUCUGCUGUCUGUAUCAAGUAAACUCACCCAGGUGGGUAGAGGGUGUUCUUUUAAACUGUUGAAAGCUCCUCAAGAGCUCAGUCUGGGCCAGGCCUGAGUGACACCUAACAGCCCUGGAAACAAGACUGUCAACUGCCACUUGUCACAAAGGGUGGAAAGGUCCCAUCUUGAGACCACCUGGACUCCCAGGCAGAGCCAAGACUGGAACACACUUAGCCAGUGUGCCACCAUGUGACCUCAUUGGACAAUGGUGGAGAUGCAAAGACAGACUUCCUCCCACGGGACUGUAGAAGAUGCAAGUUUUGUGGUAUGGUGGCAGGUGAUGGACUGUCACACUCCUACCCUUACCUCCCCAGAGUAUGCAGUGAAUCGCCAACUGGGAUCCCACCACACUGGACAGGAGCCAGGAGUGCUUAAGUAUUUUUCACAGUUGACCAGUGUUCUGUCCGAUCAUUAAACUUAUUUAAGAUAGAAACUACC